AUGACAAGAUCCCUCCUGUUGACUACUUGGAAGAGGCUACAAUCCACGGCUGCCUCACCCACGGCCGCUGCUCGCACAAAACUGGAUGAAUUCUUCCAAUAUCAUGCCACAAAGAACGCGCUCAAACCACUCAUCUAUAGGCCCAAGAACGCAAACAAGCUGCUUACAAUGGACCUAAGGGACCCCAUCACCAAAAAGAAGCUCACGCCCAAGGAACCCAGAGCAACUUUAUCUAGAGCUGUCUUCUUGGACUACUUGCAAGAGGUGCAACAGGGAAAGGAGGGUAAGGGAGAAUUGGUGUCCUGGUUGAGGGCCUGGUGUCAAAUACCGGCAAGAAAGACCCACGUUUGGGGCUAUUUGGACUCGUAUAUGGUAGCGAAGAUGCUUGCGGUGUCGUUCUUUGAGAUUGGUGGGUAUACGCAGUUGGUUAAUGAGUUGUAUUGUCAGAGGAAGAAGUUUGUCUCGGCUAAGAACCCUGGCGUAUUCAAUGUGGAGGAUUUUUUCAACACUUUGUUGAUGUGUAAUUUGCAAAGGAAUCAUAUUUUACAAUUCAAUGAUGUGGAAAUCUCUAAGAAGAAACUAGCAAAUGCAUGGAGAAGAGUAUCCGAGAGAGAGAACAAGACAGGAUUGGCCAAUUUGUUACUGGAUACCCUAGGGAAACAGAUGGGGUAUGACUGUAGGGAGGUGGUGAAGGGACUAGACAUGCAAACGGGGGAACUUGAUCUGCCUUUAUGGGAGCAAGAUAAAGGUAUAAGUAAAGAACAAUAUCUACAGAAGAAUGAUCUUGUAUAUUUGUUAUCAAGAACCAUUCUUCAAUUCAAUGAAGCAGAGGCAUCCAACGUGGAUUCACCGGUAGUUAAGUUUGUCGAUCAAUACAAACAAUUGAGCGAAGAACUUGGGAAGGCAGACCUAUAUGACCAAUACCAGGAUUCCAUGACGCAACUUUGGAAGAAGGACGAAAAGAAAUUAGCUGCAGAUGAACCUGUUGUUGAGGAUGCAGCCUAG